AUGCGUCUAAGACUGAUUAACGCUGUACAACAGUUGUGGAGAAGAAACGUCAGUAGCUUCGCCCAGCGCACAGCAUACUUAGGAGAGCUUCAAAAAUUGCAAAACAGUGGCUACUAUACUGUUUAUGUGGGGAAAACCGAACUUUCUGAGAGACAUUUCUAUGGAGAUGUUCAGCGUCUAAAUGCCGGACAGAAACACCAGCCUACAUGGAGCAUUAUCCAUGCUGGAGGAGAACUUGGAUGGGUUCCUUGGAACUACAAGUUGUACUUCUAUUUAAGUGGCACAGUGUUGAAACCAGACAAGGAAUUAUUCUCAGAGCUGUGUUCUGAGUUAAACGACCACUACGGGAGCUGUGCCAUUAUACUUAACCCAUAUAUCAUGAGAAGAAGGCAGAUCCUAGGGAAUGAAAUGCCUGUCUAUUCUACAGCCCCAGUGGAGCUUCUACCAAUGACCUGUUGUCCAAAAGUGGCCCAAGACCAUGGCCAUAAAAUGCUGCACAUACCCAUGCACUAUGCACAUCUGAGUCCUCUCAAUACUGCAUGGUCCACUGUUAAAUGGUUCAUGACUAAUAACAGGGACAAUUACACAGAUGUGUAUAGCUACAGAGGCGUCUUGCAUAAAGUGAUCAGAGUCAAUGAAUUAGUAGACAAAUCUCUGAAUGAAAUGACCCAGCGCAAAUGGGUCGACACAGUUGGCAACAUUACGGAGCUCCUUGAUGGAAAAUAA